AACAUAAGGUCAUCCUUCGCCUUUUAUAAAUGAGAAGAAACAGUCAGUCAAAUAUUUGAGCUUCCCCUUUAUAUUAUGUACUCCGUCCGUUUAAAAAAAUUGUCUUAAUUUAAUUUGAUAUAAAAUUUACGAAAUAAAGAAAGGUUUUUGAAAAUAAGCCGCAGAUAUAUUAAGCUUUUUGUGUUAAAAGCAAGUAUUUGGACACAUUUCUAGAUUCUAGCUUUUUCUUUCAGUUUAGAAACUAGAAAAAAGUUGAAAAAGACAAGAUUUUUGAUAAUGCGUCUGUCAAAUUAACUUCUUCAGUGUUUCAGCUAGCCAAGAAUCUUGAUUUAAGAAUAUUUUGUGUUAAAAAGUCAAGUUUUUGGACACUCAAUUCCAUUCUAGAUUCUUGUUUUUUCUUUCACUUCUGAUAUUUUUUAGCUGAGAAAGUGGAAACAAAGUAUAAAAAGGCAAGAUUAGGGUCUAUCAAGAUUCUUGAUUUUAAAGAGGCUAUUAUAUUGAUGGAGACAAGACAGAAAAAGGGGAAUUUGGUUUUUGCAGUAAAUGGAGAGAGGUUUGAGUUGCCAUGGGUUGAUCCUUCUAUAACUUUGCUUCAGUUCUUGCGCUCUGAGACUUGUUUCAAGAGUCCUAAGCUUGGUUGUGGUGAAGGUGGUUGUGGGGCUUGUGUUGUUCUGGUUUCAAAGUAUGAUCCCAAGCUUAAAAAGGUCGAAGAUUUUAGCGUGAGUUCGUGCCUUACACUUCUUUGCAGUUUAAAUGGUCAUUCAAUUACUACAAGUGAUGGCCUUGGGAACAGCAGAGAUGGUUUCCACUCUAUUCAUGAACGGUUCGCUGGUUUCCAUGCUUCUCAAUGCGGCUUUUGCACUCCUGGCAUGUGUAUGUCGUUUUUCUCGGCUCUUGUCAACGCUGAAAAAGGAAACAAGCCCGAUCCUCCACCGGGAUUCUCUAAGCUUACUUCAUCCGAAGCUGAAAAGGCCAUAGCGGGUAACCUUUGUCGGUGCACUGGAUACCGGCCAAUUGCUGAUGCCUGCAAGACUUUUGCUGCUGAUGUCGAUAUAGAGGAUUUGGGGUUCAAUUCUUUUUGGAAAAAGGGAGAUUCCAAGGAAAUGAAAGUAAGUAAAUUACCUCCCUAUGAUCCAACCAAGAAUAUUUGUACAUAUCCUGAGUUCUUGAAAAGUGAAUCUGCCACGAAUUUGGACUCCUCAAGGUACCCUUGGUACAGUCCAGUUUCCAUUGAGGAGCUACAGAGCUUGUUGAACUCCAAUGUGACGGAAAAUGGUGCAAGCUUUAAACUGGUCGUUGGUAAUACCGGCACAGGUUAUUAUAAGGAAACUCACCGAUAUGAUCAUUACAUUGAUCUCAGGCACGUUCCUGAACUCUCAAUCAUCAAAAGGGAUCAGACAGGCAUUGAAGUCGGAGCCACUGUGACUAUCUCUAAAUUCAUUUCAUUCUUGAAAGAGGAAAGCAAAAUCAAUUUCGGUUCAUAUGGAAAGUUGGUGUCCGAAAAACUGGCUUACCACAUGGAGAAGAUUGCUGGGCCUUUUGUUAGAAACUCUGCUAGUGUGGGAGGAAAUUUGGUUAUGGCACAGAAGAACGGUUUUCCUUCAGAUAUCGCUACAUUGUUUCUCGGGCUUUGUGCUACUGUUAGCUUGAUGACCAGUCAUGGACUUGAAAAGCUCACAUGGGAGGAAUUAUUAUCGAGACCACCGCUAGACUCAAGGACCGUGCUUCUAAGUGUUUGCAUCCCAUUUAAGAGAGAUCAAAGUUCUCCCCAUACUCAUUCUAAGUUUUUGUUUGAAACCUAUCGAGCUGCUCCACGACCUCAUGGGAAUGCAUUGGCAUACGUAAAUGCUGCGUUCCAGGCUGAUGUUUCUCUCUGCAAGAAUGGAGUCCUGAUAAAUAAUAUCCAGUUGGCGUUUGGUGCUUAUGGAACAAAACAUGCAACUAGAGCUAAAAAGGUAGAAGAAUGUCUAGCCGGGAAAAUGUUAAGCGUACAUGUUUUGUAUGAAGCACUUAAAUCAGUCAAACUAGCGGUGGUACCGGAAGAUGGCACUUCACACCCUGAGUACAGAUCAAGCUUGGCCGUCAGUUAUGUUUUUGAGUUUCUUUAUCCCUUGACUGAUGUUCCUUCUGCUAUAUCUGUUGGUUUACUGGAUGGAAUAAAUGACAUCUCGGUUGAGGAAGUUUCAGAAAGUAGUAAGGGGAGAAAACAAACACUGCUAUCUUCUUCUAAGCAGGUCGUGGAAUCAAGUACCGAGUACUAUCCAGUAGGUGAACCGAUGAAGAAGGUUGGAGCUGCCAUGCAAGCUGCUGGUGAAGCUGUUUAUGUAGAUGACAUUCCUUCACCACCAAACUGCCUGCAUGGAGCAUUUAUCUACAGUACGAAACCAUUAGCAAGCAUAAAGGGAAUCCAGCUAGAGUCUAAUCGAUUAACAGAUGGAGUCACCGACGUUAUUACUUUUAAAGAUAUCCCAAGUGGAGGGGCAAAUGUAGGAUCUAUUACACCGUUUGGUCCCAAUCCCUUAUUUGCAGAUGAUCUCGCCCGAUGCGCUGGCGACAGAAUUGCAGUUGUGGUUGCCGACAGUCAGAGGUCUGCUGAUGUGGCUGCAAGAACAGCCCUCGUUGAAUAUGACACUGCAAAUAUAGGUUCUCCCAUUUUAACCGUUGAGGAAGCUGUUGAGAAAUCUAGCUUUAUCCAAAUCCCGCCAUCUGUAUAUCCAAAACAGGUUGGUGAUUUCUCAAAAGGAAUGGCUGAAGCUGUUCACAAAAUUCUCUCUGCUGAGAUAAGGCUGGGUUCCGGGUACCAUUUUUAUAUGGAGACACAGACAGCCCUUGCAAUUCCCGAUGAAGACAAGUGCAUGGUUGUUUAUACUUCAAGCCAGAGCCCUGAGAAUGCGCAUCGCGCAAUUGCCAAUUGUCUUGGUGUUCCCGAACACAAUAUCCGUGUAAUUACAAGAAGGGUUGGAGGUGGCUUUGGGGGCAAGCAAGGCGGAGCAAUGCCUAUUUCCACAGCCUGUGCACUAGCAGCAUACAAGUUAGGACGACCUGUCAGGAUAUAUGUCAAUCGGAACACUGACAUGAUAGUGACAGGAGGACGACACCCGAUGAAAGUAACGUACAGUGUAGGAUUCAAGUCGAGCGGAAAAAUCACAGCAUUACAUCUUGAUAUACUGAUAAAUGCUGGUAUCACGAAAGACUUGAGCCCCAUCAUACCAUCAUAUGUGAUUAAAUCACUAAAAAAAUAUAAUUGGGGUGCCUUAUCUUUUGAUGUAAAACUAUGCAAGACGAAUGUCACAAGCAAAACGAUCAUGCGAGCCCCUGGGGAUGUACAAGCAUCUUAUAUUGCCGAAGUUAUAAUAGAACAUGUGUCGACUUUACUGUCUAUGGAGGUGGACUCUGUCAGAAAUGAAAAUCUUCAUACAUUUGAAAGCCUUAACUUAUUCUAUGAUAACAUUGUAGCAGACGUAGGAGAAUAUACGUUACCCAGUAUCAUGGAUAAGUUGGCCGUGUCGUCGAGCUUUUUCCAACGAAGCAAGAUGUUAGAACAGUUUAACCAGAAAAACACAUGGAAGAAAAGGGGUAUUUCUCGAGUGCCAAUUUUGUUUGAAGUUACGCAAUCACCGACCCCCGGAAAAGUCAGUAUUCUGCAAGACGGAUCGAUUGUCGUAGAGGUUGGAGGGAUUGAAAUUGGCCAAGGGCUAUGGACAAAGGUCAGACAGAUGACUGCCUAUGCUCUGGGUUUAAUUGAAAGUAGCUGGGCCAAAGACCUUGUGGAGAAAGUACGAGUCAUACAAGCAGACACCUUAAGCGUAGUGCAAGGAGGGCUUACAGGUGCAAGCACUACUUCGGAAUCAAGCUGUGAAGCUGUUAGACUUUGCUGUAAUGUCUUGGUUGAAAGACUGACCCCUCUGAAGAAAGAGUUGCAGGAACAAAAUGGUUCUGUUGAUUGGCCAACACUGAUUCGCCAGGCACAAAAGCAAGCAGUAAAUUUAGCAGCAAAUUCUUAUUAUGUACCAGAAUCCAGUUCCUUGAGAUAUUUGAACUUCGGUGCUGCUGUCAGUGAGGUGGAGAUAGAUGUUCUGACCGGACAGACUACCAUUUUGCAGUCGGAUAUUAUUUAUGACUGUGGGCAGAGCUUGAAUCCCGCUGUUGAUAUGGGACAGAUUGAAGGGGCUUUCAUACAAGGAAUUGGAUUUUUCAUGAACGAAGAAUAUCUUACAAAUGAAGAUGGGUUAAUGGUCUCAAAUAGCACUUUUACGUACAAGAUCCCGACUAUUGACACCAUACCCCAGAAUUUCAAUGCUCAUAUCCUAAACAGUGGACAUCACAAAAACCGUGUUCUCUCGUCAAAAGCAUCUGGUGAACCACCACUGCUUCUGGCAGCUUCGGUCCAUUGUGCAACCCGAGCAGCUGUUAAAGCAGCACGUGACCAGCUUAAACUUUGGGGCAAGCUCGACUGGUCUGUUUCGGAAUUCUAUCUAGACGUACCCGCCAUAUUACCUGUUGUGAAGACACAGUGUGGCCUUGAUUAUGUGGAGAAAUACUUGGAAAAUUUGUUGGCUCAGAAAUCUAAUUAAAGCUUCCGGUGAACCACCAUUGCUUUUAGCAGCUACAGUCCAUUUGCUGUAAGAGCAGCCAUUAGAGAAACCCGAAAACAGCUGAAAAGUUGGCGCCAGCUCGAUUAGUCUGAUUCAGAAUUCUCUCUGGAUGUCCUUGCCAUAUGACCUGUUGUGAUGAUAACGUGUGGCCUGGACAAUGUGGAGAAGUUAUUUGCAAGGUCUUGAUCAUUCACAUGAUUUCGCUUUUCAUUUCAUUUGUGAGAAUAUAAUGAUUUAUAAAUCGUUUCUAACGAACGAUCUGCUCAUGUUUGAGAGGUCAAACAUAUGGCUUAUAAUAAAUUCGUUAGUAAUCUUCAAUUUAAAAUUUGAA